AUGCCCUCCCACCCUAACCUGUCCAUUAUCAUCCUCCCCUUCCUACUUCUCCUCUCCCUCUCCUCUGCAUCCCCUCCUCCCCCCUCCUCUUCCUCUUCCUCCCCCUCCCCAUUCCUCUCUUUCUCCCCACCCGAGGGAGGUCUCACACACUUGGUCAUUCACAACAAAACCGGAGAGGUCUACCUGGGCGCCGUUAACUGGAUUCAUAAGCUGUCAAGUAACCUCACCAUGCUCCGGUGCCAUGUCACUGGUCCAGUCACCGACAAUCCCCGCUGCUACCCACCGCCCGGCGUCCAGUCCUGCCCCCAUGAGCUUGUGCAGACCUCUAACAUCAAUAAACUGCUUCUCCUGGACGCCGCACACAACCGUCUGAUUGCCUGUGGGAGCACCUCCCAGGGAAUAUGUCAGUUCCUGCGCCUGGACGACCUGUUCAAGCUUGGCGAGCCCCACCACCGCAAAGAGCAUUACCUGUCCAGCGUGGCGGAGGCCGGCACCAUGUCGGGCGUGGUGAUUGCGCCGGAUAUUUUUGGUGGGGGCGGGAAGCUAUUUGUGGGCACGCCCAUCGACGGGAAGUCCGAGUACUUCCCGACACUGUCGAGCCGCAAGCUGAUGUCCAACGAGGAAAACGCCGACAUGUUCAGCUUCGUCUACCAGGAUGAGUUCGUCUCCUCGCAGCUCAAGAUCCCCUCAGACACACUCUCCAAGUUCCCCGCCUUCGACAUCUACUACAUCUAUGGCUUCAACAGCGAGCAGUUUGUGUAUUACCUCACUUUACAGCUUGAUACCCAGCUCACCUCGCCUGACGCAAGCAGUGAACAGUUCUUCACCUCCAAAAUUGUCCGCUUAUGCGUUGAUGAUCCUAAGUUUUACUCCUACGUUGAGUUCCCCAUCGGAUGCACAAAGGACGGAGUGGAGUACCGCUUGGUUCAGGAUGCCUAUUUGGCCCGGCCCGGCACCCGGUUGGCACGCUCACUGGGGAUCCAGGACCACGAGGAGGUUCUGUUCAUCGUCUUUGCCCAGGGCCAGAAGAACAGGGCCAAACCACCUAGGGAGUCGGCUCUGUGCCUGUUCACACUGAGGAAGAUAAAGGAGAAGAUUAAAGAGAGGAUUCAGUCGUGCUAUAGAGGAGAGGGGAAACUCUCCUUGCCUUGGCUGCUUAACAAGGAGCUGGCCUGCAUCAACUCGCCCUUGCAGAUUGACGAUAACUUCUGCGGCCAGGACUUCAACCAGCCUCUAGGGGCCACCACCAUCGAGGGCAUCCCCCUUUUCGUGGACAAGGACGACGGCAUGACUUCUGUGGCGGCCUACGACUACCGGGGUCACACGGUCGCAUUCACCGGCACCCGCAGCGGCCGCAUGAAGAAGGUAGGCCCAGAUACUGCGACCCCAGGAGGCAGACCUGCCUUGCUGUAUGAGAACGUGGUGGUGAGCAACGGGAGCCCCAUUCUGAGGGAUCUGCUCUUCAGCCCUGAUCACCAGUACUUGUACACACUCACUGAUGAACAGGUCACCCGUGUGCCAGUGGAAAGUUGUGAACAGUACACAUCAUGUGGAGCCUGUCUGGGCUCUGGAGACCCUCACUGUGGUUGGUGCGUCCUUCACAACGUUUGUUCGAGGAAGGAUCGCUGCGAGAGGGCGGAGGAGCCCCAGCGUUUCACCACCAGAAUAGAGCAGUGUGUUCGACUCACCGUCCAACCCAACACCAUCUCUGUCACCAUGUCUCAAGUGCAGCUGGUACUCCAGGCACAGAAUGUCCCCAGUCUCUCGACCGGAGUGAACUGUUCUUUCGAGGACUACGUGGAGACAGAGGGACGCAUAUACAGUGGCCGUGUCUUCUGCCUGUCCCCCUCCACCAGAGAAGUUGCCCCCAUCACCCGCGACCAGGGUGACCAGCGGGUUAUAAAGCUGUAUCUGAAGUCUAAGGAGACGGGAAAGAAGUUUGCCAGUGUCGACUUUGUCUUUUACAACUGCAGUGUCCAUCAAUCGUGCCUAUCAUGUGUAAACGGUAACUUCCCCUGCCACUGGUGUAAAUACCGCCACAUGUGUACGCAGGAUGCCAGUGACUGCUCCUUCCAGGAGGGACGUGUCAACACCUCAGAGGAGUGUCCUCAGAUCCUCCCCUCAACCCAGAUCUACAUUCCAGUUGGAGUUUUGAGGCCCAUCACGCUGCUCGCUCAGAACCUGCCCCAGCCCCAGUCUGGGCAGAGGAACUACGAGUGUAUCUUCCACAUCCAGGGCAACACGCACAAUGUGCCGGCUCUCAGGUUCAACAGCACCAGCAUACAGUGUCAGAAGACCACGUAUGACUACGAGGGUGGAGACAUCAGUGACCUGCCAGUCGACCUGUCUGUGGUGUGGAACGGCAACUUCGUCAUCGACAACCCCUUCAACAUACAAGCCCACCUGUACAAGUGCAGGGCCCUGCGGGACAGCUGCGGCAUGUGUCUGAAGGCCGAGCCGCGCUUCGAGUGCGGCUGGUGCGUCCAAGAGAGGAAGUGCUCCCUCAGACAGGAGUGUACCAGUGGCGGGAACCCCCACCAGUCUCCGCAACACCCAGACGGUGGAGGAUGGAUGCAUGCCACCACUGGCAACAGCCGCUGCACACACCCAAAGAUCACCAAGAUGUUCCCAGAGACGGGGCCCAGACAGGGGGGCACUAGGCUCACCAUCCUGGGGGAGAACCUGGGACUGCAGUUCCGGGACAUCCAGAUGGGUGUCAGCCUUGGCAAGGUGCCCUGUGUGCCUAUCGAGGAGGAAUAUGUCAGUGCGGAGAGGAUAGUGUGUCUGCUGAAUGACGCCACAAGUUACCGUAUCCAGGAGGCCCUGGUGGAGGUGUGUGUGAGAGACUGCGUGAACGACUACAGAGCUCACUCCCCCCGGCCAUUCACCUUUGUGACUCCGUACUUCACCCGCAUCCAGCCGUCUCAGGGGCCCAUCUCCGGGGGUACCAGGGUCACCAUCGAGGGGAGCUACCUGAACGCGGGCAGUUACGUGUCCGUCGGCAUCGGACCUCAGCCCUGCUUCUUUAAAAAGAGGAACGCUCGUGAGAUAGUGUGUGUCACUCCGGCCGGGCUGGUCCCGGGUAGCACGUCGGUGUGGGUGGAUAUAGAUGACGCCGAGCUCAGAAACCCAGACGUCAAGUUCAACUACACUGAAGACCCCACCGUGCUCAGGAUCGAACCCGACUGGAGCAUUGCAAGUGGCGGUACUCUGCUGACAGUGAGUGGGACUAACCUGGCAACCAUCAGAGAACCCAAGAUUAGGGCCAAGUAUGGACAAGCCGAGUCCUUCCAUAACUGUACUGUGUACAACAACUCGGUCAUGGUGUGCCUGGCUCCAUCAGUGGCUGAUUCAGAGCUGGGCUUCUCAGAGACUGGUACCGGUCCAGAUGAGAUCGGUUUCUACAUGGAUAAUGUGAAUGCCCUGGUAGUGGUCAACGAGACAUUCAGCUACUACCCUGACCCCGUGUUCGAACCCCUGAGUCCCUCUGGGAUACUCGAGCUCAAACCAACCUCACCACUCAUACUCAAGGGCCGUAACCUGAUCCCCGCGGCCCCCGGUAACAGUCGUCUGAACUACACGGUGCUGAUCGGGGAGACGCCCUGCAUCCUCACCCUGUCGGAGAGCCAGCUGCUGUGUGAAUGGCCAAACCUCACCGGCCAGCACAAAGUCACGAUUCGCGCCGGAGGAUUUGAGUACUCCCCCGGGACUCUCCAGAUCUACUCAGACAGUCUGCUGACACUCCCAGCCAUCAUCGGCAUCGGAGGGGGCGGCGGCCUGCUCCUUCUGGUCAUCAUCGCCGUGCUAAUAGCCUAUAAGAGGAAGUCCAGAGACGCCGACCGCACCUUGAAGCGCCUGCAGCUCCAGAUGGACAACCUGGAGUCUAGAGUGGCCCUGGAGUGUAAAGAAGCGUUUGCCGAGCUCCAGACGGACAUCCACGAGCUGACCCAGGAGCUGGAUGGAGCAGGGAUCCCGUUCCUGGACUACCGGACCUACGCCAUGAGGGUCCUCUUCCCUGGCAUCGAGGAUCAUCCCGUGCUCAAGGAGAUGGAGGUGCAGGCUAAUGUCGAGAAGGCUCUGACGCUGUUUGGACAGCUGUUAACAAAGAAACACUUCCUGUUGACUUUCAUACGAACCCUCGAGGCACAGAGGUCGUUCUCCAUGCGGGAUCGAGGGAACGUGGCCUCUCUGAUCAUGACCGCUCUGCAGGGGGAGAUGGAGUACGCCACCGGAGUCCUCAAACAGCUGCUUUCCGACCUGAUAGACAAAAACCUGGAAAGCAAGAACCACCCCAAGCUGCUGCUCAGAAGAACGGAGUCUGUCGCUGAGAAGAUGCUGACUAACUGGUUCACCUUCCUGCUGUACAAGUUCCUCAAGGAAUGUGCCGGGGAGCCUCUCUUCAUGCUGUACUGCGCCAUGAAGCAGCAGAUGGAAAAGGGACCCAUAGAUGCCAUCACCGGAGAGGCGCGGUACUCCCUCAGCGAAGACAAGCUCAUCAGGCAACAGAUUGACUACAAGACACUGACUUUGCACUGCGUGAACCCAGAGAACGAGAACGCCGCAGAGGUGACGGUUAAGUGUCUGAACUGCGACACCAUCACCCAGGUCAAGGAGAAGCUGCUGGAUGCUGUGUACAAGGGCAGUCCCUACUCACAGAGACCCAAGGCCUCUGACAUGGACCUGGAGUGGCGUCAAGGCCGAAUGGCUAGAAUUAUUCUCCAGGAUGAAGAUGUUACCACUAAAAUAGAUAAUGACUGGAAAAGACUCAACACACUGGCCCACUACCAGGUCACAGACGGUUCAGUGAUUGCCUUGGUGCCGAAGCAGAAUUCUGCCUACAAUAUCUCCAACUCCUCCACCUUCACCAAGAGCCUCAGCAGAUACGAGAGUAUGCUGAGAACGGCCAGCAGUCCAGACAGCCUGCGAUCCCGAACCCCGAUGAUCACCCCCGACCUGGAGAGCGGAACCAAACUGUGGCACCUGGUCAAGAACCACGACCACUCGGACCAGAGAGAGGGGGACAGGGGGAGUAAGAUGGUCUCUGAAAUCUACCUAACCAGGCUGCUAGCAACAAAAGGUACGUUACAGAAGUUUGUGGAUGACCUCUUCGAGACCAUCUUCAGCACAGCCCACCGAGGCAGUGCCCUGCCGCUGGCUAUCAAGUACAUGUUUGACUUCCUGGAUGAGCAGGCGGACAAGCACUCCAUCACAGACUACGACGUACGGCACACCUGGAAGAGCAACUGUCUCCCACUCCGUUUCUGGGUAAACGUGAUCAAGAACCCCCAGUUUGUGUUUGACAUCCACAAGAACAGUAUCACAGACGCCUGUCUGUCUGUGGUGGCCCAGACCUUCAUGGACUCCUGUUCGACCUCAGAGCACAAACUGGGGAAGGACUCACCUUCAAAUAAGCUGCUCUACGCUAAAGACAUCCCCAAUUACAAGAACUGGGUAGAGAGGUACUACUCCGACAUCUCCCGUAUGCCGGCCAUCAGCGACCAGGACAUGAGUGCUUACCUAGCGGAGCAGUCCCGGCUGCACCUCAGCCAGUUCAACAGCAUGUCCGCCCUGCACGAGAUCUACAACUACAUCAUCAAAUACAAAGAUGAGAUCCUGUCGGCAUUACAGAAGGAUGACCAGUCUCGCAGACAGAGGCUACGCAGCAAGCUCGAUCAGGUUAUCGACACCAUGGCCCUGACUAGCUGAGAACUAGCCAGUGACGUACCUGGUGAGCCGAGGACUGGCCAGUUGACAUGCCUACCCCCUGACAACCUUCGAUGCCCGCAACCUCUGACCCUUGAUGUUUGAACUCUGACCUUUAUGAAAACCUAGAGGACUGCAAGGGACACAAGCAUUCAGCAGCACAUUGGAUUGGAG